UUCCAGACAAAUUAUCUUUUUGAAGACUAGGCAGCAUGGUCUCCGACCUUAGCCUGUUCCAAACGGAACAAACGUACUAAAAAAAAAAAAAACAAAAGUCAUUUUACUUAUUUGAAAUUUUAAUUUAUAUUUGAAAUUUUGAAUUACCUUACCAAUUUAAUUACAUAAGGGUAAAUAAUAAACAUAUGCUUAUAUUAUAUAUGUUGUUAUGUGCAAUUAAUAAAUAAAAUGGAAGAAUAUUCAAUAAGAAAAAUGUGUUGUACAUGUUUAAGCAAAGACCGCAAAUUGUAUCAACUUUGCCGUGUAUCGGACGGUGUUAACAAUUUAUAUCUUCUGUUAACUUUUGAUUCGGAAGCUUACAGAGAAGGAUUCUAUAAAGAUGCAGCAAAUUUGUUUGUUUGCUGGGAGUGUAAAGCGGUCAUGUGUAGAAUCAGGAUGUUUCGGCAGCAGGCUUGCAUUGCACAGAAAGAACUCUCGAGCAUAGCUGAUGGUCGCACUAGUCUAAAACUGGACGGCCUCUCAAAAUUGACGUUCACAUACAAAAACAGUUAUGACCAAAUGAUCACAGAAACCAAAUUCUUAUCUGACAAUUUUAUUGAUUGCGGACUAAUGACGGAUGUUAAGACAGAAAGUGAAGAGGAUAUACCCUUAUCUGAGCUACAUAGUAACUAUAUGUCUGACGCUCAGAGCGACAUAGCGGUUAGGCCAAACACCGAGAAGCCAAAGGUGUACACGAAAAAAAAGAAAAAAAUAAAAGGUGCAAAGAAAAAUGGACUCUCCUGCGAUGGUAAUAAGAAGUAUUUCACAAUAAACGAAAUGGAUGAGGUGAUAAUGUUAGAGAGCAGAGAGAAAAGGAAGUUGGCAGUAACGUUUGCAGACGCCGCAUUCAAAUGUGAUACUUGUAUAGAAGCUUUUAAGACUGAGAUUGGGUUGAACGAACAUAAUUUAGAUUUACAUACUGAGAAACCAAAUCACACGCAGUGUACUGUCUGUCUAACAUAUGUUAUUAACCCAACAAUAUCCGAACACAAGAGAAGCCAUUACUACAGCUACCAAUGUCAUUUUUGUGAUUAUAUAUGUUAUACGCAAAUAGAUAUAUCGAGACAUCUGAAAAGUGGGCAUGCGAUGAAAAAUGUCGUUCUACCCGUGAAUAGGAAAAAGGGUCAACGCAAAACGCCCGAAGUCCUACGUCCAGGCUCGAAGCCGCGACGAAACCAAGCUAUGAUGGACAAACGGACGCCAUACGGUUAUCUAUGUACGGAGUGUGAUAAAUAUUUUGAAAACAAAAACCAACGUUGGAAGCACGUGCAGCGUUACCACCGCGAGGGGUACAAGUGUCCCACGUGUGGGAAACGGUUCGCGUUCAAGAAUAACCUGAGCAGGCAUGAACAACUGCACCGAGGCCCGCCCCCCCGGGAGCAGUGCCCCGUCUGCCUGAAGAUGGUGAGGGUGGACCUGGUGAGGGUGCACGCGAGGAUCCACUCGGCCCGGCAGCGGUACACGUGCGCGGAGUGUGACAAGUGCUUCGUGAGCCGCGCCUCCUACGAGCACCAUCUCAAGUACACGCAGGCGCACGCGGCCGUCGAUAUACUCAAGUAUAAAUGCUCGAUGUGUGAUAAAGGCUACAGAUCCCGCGGUGAACUGCGCGAUCACGUCAACUAUCAACACAUGGGGAAAACACAGCACAAGUGUCCCGUAUGUGGGAAGGCCCUGGCUACACGACGCUGCAUCACACGCCACGUGCGACGAGCUCACCACGGCCUUAAGGAGAGCGCCCGCGACAAAAUAUGCCAACAGUGUGGAAAGGCGUUUCGGGUACGACAAAAAAGGGCUAAGAGAACACGAAUUCAUACAUACGGGCGAGCGGCCUCUCUCUUGCGAAAUAUGCGGCUGUACGUUCAGACAGAGUGCCUCCUUGUAUACGCACAGAAAACGCGUUCACAAGAUUUAUCCACAAAAGAAAAAUGUAGAACUACUGGAGAGUACCCCAGCGGGCGGCAGUUGAUCUGCUAGCGUUUGGAAUUUCUAGGCGUCGAGACUUGUUAAUUGGAACUGCGGAGGUUGGAGAGCAGGGGUAACUUUUUGUUAGGGGGCGAAUGAAAUGGUAACCCCGCCUGCGCUAACGGUAUACGCUGGCGGGGCACCAGUUAGGGAUGAUAGGUGAUGAUGAAGGAGGUCAGUUGGCCCAUCGUGACGAAUUCAAUCAUAUUUAUUCAUAUAUAUAUAUAUAAUACAUUUUAGAAGGGCAAACAAGCUGACGGCACACCUGAUGGUAACCGUCGCCUAUAGACAUGAGCAGUACCAUGGACAUAACAGAGUAUACUGUUUCGCCCUUUGAUACCCCCCAUGCAUUGCCAUUCCUGAGGACUCAGGUGUUAUUCCUCUGUACCCAGUAAAUUCACUGCCAUAUCCCACCCUUCAAACCGAAACACAGCCAUGCAAACAUAACUGCUUCACGAUAGAAACACGAAUAGGACAGAGGUACCCAAGCAAACGACUUUUGUACAAAGUUUCCCUCUGGUGAGGGAGACUUUGUACAAACUAUACUAACAUUAUAAACAGGAAAGAUUUGUUUGUUUGUUUGUAAUUAAUAAACUCAUAAACUAUUUAACCGAUUUUAAAAAUCCUUUCACGUACAGAAAGCUACAUUAUCAGCGAGUAAUAUAGGCUAUAUAUUAUUUUGGUAAAUUCUAUCUACCCGCGCGAAGCCGGGCCGGAUCGCUAGUCGUAUAUACGCUUCAAAUUAAAAUACUAAGUACUGGUAAUUAUAAUACGUAAUAAUGAUAGUAAUAAAUAAUUUAUUGAAACGAUUGUUUUAAUAUUCCGUUUCUUUUUCAUACAUAGAUUUUAUAGUACAUUACUGCAGCGGCCAGCGACUAAAGCUAUGAUGGACGAACGUGCAAAUGUGGGCCGAGGCGUAGCCGAGGCACACAUACGUGAGUCAAAAAGCAAGGAUACAAACAAAUAAAAGACAUUUUAAAAUAGCUGCAGCCACAAGAUGCGUUUUAUGACAGACUUAUUCUACAAUUUACCUAAUAUAUAACGUCUUUUAAUGGAUUUUGAUGGAAUAGUAACCUAUUUAGUCUUCGCUAUCGGUAUAUACUGGCGGAGCACCAGUGAGAAAUUAUAGGUGAGGAUAAAGUCAGGUAAGUUAACCCAUCGUAACUAAUUCAAUGAGAAUUUACCAACAUAAUUUCCAGAGGGAACCGCGUGGAGGUCGACUAGAGUAUAUUAUAGUUAGAAAUGACCCUGUUAGACCCCAAUACUACAUUUCUAUCUUAUACAUAUUUACCCCAGAAACGGUCGGAUUAGGGGGAGAAGGUAUUGGUAAUAGUACGGAUUAAUAGCCAAUGGGGCUAGCAAAACACCAUGUCAAGUCCACCUCCUCGCAGUUCCCUCUGGAAACCAUAGCGUUCAAUUCCAAGUGAAUUCAUCACGAUGAGCUAACUGACCUGCCUUUUCAUUUUCACCUAUCAUCCCUCACUGGUGCAUCGCCAGCGUAUACCGUUAUCGCAGCGGUUACCAUACCAUUAUCAUUCAUUUAACCACUUAAUGCGAUAGUUUUUCUGUGUAAUGAGGUCAACUGGCGUAAAUUCGAACGAGCAUACAAUAAAUAUACACUAAGCUCUAUGAAAUACAAACGGGCGAGAAUGGUAUCGCUCCAGAUAAAAAUACGAGGGUCAUUUGAAAAGUUCAUAGCCUAACAUGGUUAAAGUCAUUGGGUUUUUUUUUAUAACUACCCUCAUUUUGUAGUUACAUUAUUUAGCAACAAGUAUGCACAGUUUAGUUUAUUCACAGUAACUUAUUUUAUGGAAUUAGACAAAGAUUUUUUAAAACGGGCAUCGAAGCCUUACCGGGUCGAUGGGAAAUGUGUUUCGAGCUCGGAGGAGAGUAUGUCGAGAAAUAAAAAUAAACUCAAAACCGUGUGGUUUCAUCAAGUAUUUUUUUUUAUACCACUGAGGUGGCAAACAAGCAUACGGCCCGCCUGAUGGUAAGUGGUUACCGUAGCCUAUGAACACCUGCAAUACCAGAGGUAUUACGCGCGCGUUGCCGACCCUAAAGAAACCUAACUAAUGAUAUCAUUUAAAUGAAAGAUUUGUUUAGUGUAUGUGUGUAAAUAAAUAAAUAAAUAAAUAAAU